UAAGACACUGGCUUUAAUUUAACAAUGGAGCCAAAAUAUAUUCAUGAUACAGAUACUGCCUUAGUAUCAAUAUACAAUAUACCGCGUCGCUCAAAGUAAAAGGGGUAUAUCAUUUCGUAUGGAAACAAAGUAUCGUAUUACAAUGAAUUAAAUUGUUUCAUAAUCAUAAAGUAAUGUAAAAGUUUGAAAUGGAACAGACACAAUAUGGGAUAUGUUGUUCAUAUUAAAGAUGAUAGUAUCAUUUCAAAAAAAGAACGUGGGUUGUGUAGUUACAAAGCUAGUAAAGGAUGCUAUCUAACUACAAAGGGACCAGAAAUAGCAAGACAGCAAAAUGCUAUCCGCUUCCGGAUGUUGCACAGGUCGUAAUAGAUCCUGAUACUCAGCGAAGAUACUUUCGAGGACGACUGCUUGGCAAGGGUGGUUUCGCAAGAUGUUAUGAAGUAACAGAUAUGAAAACCAACCAGGCGUAUGCAUGCAAAGUAGUUUCAAAAGCAAGAAUAGCAAAACCGCACCAAAGAAAAAAGAUCGUCAACGAGAUUGAAAUCCACAGAUCACUAAACUAUUCUUAUGUCGUCGGCUUCCAUGGCUUUUUUGAAGAUGAUAAAAACGUGUAUAUUUUGUUGGAACUCUGCAGUCGCAAGUCCCUAGUUCAACUACUUAAGCAACGAAAAUCUCUGCUGGAACCGGAGGUUCGAUACUUCAUGAGACAAGCUAUAAAAGCCUGCAGUUAUCUGCAUUCCCUGAAUAUCAUUCAUCGUGAUAUCAAGCUCGGGAAUUUCUUCAUAAAUAACGAUAUGCAGUUGAAACUUGGCGAUUUCGGGCUUGCCUGUCGCGUCGGAUCAUCAACUUCCGAUGAAAUGACCGUUUGUGGGACUCCGAAUUAUAUUGCUCCGGAGGUGCUGAAGAAAGGUCGUCAUGGUUACGAGGUGGAUACGUGGGCGUUAGGUUGUGUCAUGUACACUCUUCUUGUUGGUCGGCCUCCGUUUGAAACAAUGUCUCUCAAAGAAACUUACACACGCAUUAAAACCAACCAAUAUGUCAUCCCAUCGAGAAUUUCAAAAUCUGCUGCCAAGCUUAUACAGAAAUUUCUUAGCAAUAAUCCUCAAAACAGACCAUGCCUUCACACGGUGUGUGAAACGGAUGAAUUUUUCGUAAAAGGAUUUGUUCCUAGUUCAUUACCAUCGUCGUGUUGUAUGGUACCACCGAGGUUCACUGCCUUACACAGAUCGUCUUCAAAUUCUGAACAGAAUGGAACUACGCAAUCGACUUCUAAUAAGAUAAAUUAUGUUUUCACAAAACUUCAGUUAAAAGAUGAAAACACAAAUGAUCGAACAAAAUGGAUUGAAAAGGAGACGAAGAGUUCUAGCACAAGCCCAACACAAGACCCAACAAUUCAUUUGGUCUCACCAGACGAUUUAUACCACAAACUUUCUGCAUGCCUCACAUGCAUGCCAAAGGCCAGCGAUAGUUCACCCUCAGGGGACACCUCGACUAACUCAACAAGUGAUGGCAAUUCAUCAGACACUUUAAAGAAACUUUAUGUUUGUAAAUGGGUGGACUAUAGCAACAAAUAUGGAUUUGGUGCAGAGCUUUCAGAUGGCAGUGUCCUUGUCAGAUUUAACGACGGAACAAAAAUGACACUGACGCGAGAUAGACAGUUUGUCCGCUAUUAUGACAAGGAAAAACAAAUUUCUUCGUUUCAUCCAGAAUCAGCACCAGAUAAACUUGGAAGAAAAGUGAUUCUUUUGGAAUAUUUUGCAACGUACAUGGAAAAACAUCUUCUAAAGGGCGCAAGGCAAGAGAGCACACUAAGCACUUUAGACAGGGAAUCUGCUCCCUUCCUAUCCAUCUGGGUUCGAACACAGAAGGCGAUGAUUCUAUACCUAAGCAAUGGAAUUUUGCAGGUGAAUUUCUUUGGUGACCACACAAAAAUAAUUCUCAAUCCAAGUGCACGAGACGAGCUCGUGACAUUCAUUAAUGAGAACAGGGAACAUUCAGAUUAUGUUUUAUCGAAUAUUGUACAAUAUGGCUGCCCUCAGAAUGUUGCUACUAGAUUAGAGUAUUGUAAAAUGAUGUUAAGGAAACUAAAUGGUUUCGCUUCGGAUGAAUCGUCGAUUUGAGUCAUGAGCUAAACUUUUGAACAACUUUUGCAAAGUGCAUCCCAAUCUGGAAGCAUAUAGUAAGGAGAUUUAGAAGAGUUUUUACAAUAUUUUUAGAAAUACUGCCUAUUUAAAAAAUGUAAUUUUAUAUUUAGAUUUUUUGAAGAAUAAA